CUUUCUUAUUUCAAGUGGGCUGGAGCAAAAGAAUUUUGCAGACAGGGUGAGAUGACUCUGCUCAGGAUUGAAGAUUAUGAAGAGGAUUAUUCGAUUUUUGGAUAUGGCAAAUAUAAUCCAGGACUAUAUUACUCGGACUACUGGACUUCGGGAAUAUUUUCUAGAAAAGACAGGAGAUGGGAAUGGGCUCCUUUCAGGCCCUACAAGCCAAUGACGUACACCAACUGGAAAAUGGGUGAGCCUUCCAACAACGAGGCCGCAAGUUGCGUUAGUCUACGUUUCUCUUACGGCGACUACUAUCAAUGGCACUGGGACAACUAUCGCUGCAGCAAGACUGCCGGAGUAAUCUGCGAGACAAAUCCAAAACAGUAAAUCGAUUAAGGUGUAAUCUGAGUUAAUUUAAUUUAUACUAUCAACAACUACUAACCUCCUUAAUGUUCACUUUUCAAUUUUAAUUUAACUGGGAAUAAAAUCGUGGUGACCAUAAAUAUUGACCUUUUUCAAUUGUAAUCGAGGCCAACAAAAUUUAAGGGAAUGUUAAGAUAAUUCUGGAAAUAGAUGAAAACCGUAAGUUAGUUUUGAUCACAUGUGCUAAUUACAAUUAUAAAAAAGGAACUUUAAAAAGUUGUUUCACCGAAAAGUUGUCAUCAAUUUUCGCGGUUGAUUGUGUCCU